AUGACACGGCAUAAGCUCUAUGCCGAAGCUGAAGCUCUCAUUAAUGAAAAGAAGAUAACAAAGUCAGCUGCUCUCGAUGAUGAAACUGCCAAAAGCCAAAAAACCAAAGAUUCCGAAAGCGUUGUUAAAGGUAAGAAACGCGCAAAAACCGAGCGAAAAGCAACUUCUAGCACAAACAUUACCAAGUGCAAGUCAUGUGGAGAACUCGGACAUGGAAGCAAAAGAAGUCCAUUAUGCCCCAAUCAUAAAGGGACUAUGGAGGUAACAAUAACAAGGAGAUUGGGUAGUUUCGAAAGGUUCACUAUUUCAGUGCCUUUAGAAACAUUUGUUACGAAUCCUGCCAAUUUUGUCCCCUGCCAUGAACGUGUGUUGGAAAAGUCAGCCUUUCUGCGAACAGUGGUAGUCAAGGCUCAAUUCAUUGUCAACCAUUACAUUCUUACGUAUCAUAAGCAUGUAACAAACGCCUUGUUUGAGCAAAACUUCGGGUAUACUGUCUGUCGGGUCGUCUAUGGAAGUGCCAGAAUUGAAGAUGUGGAGGCUCGUUACCCUGAAAUGACAGGUUUCGCAGAGGCAUAUUAUACGCUCUUGAUACAUCCUCAUGAAGUCAAUCUUUCAGUAUAUUGUGGAUAUUUGGCAUAUUACGGCCAGAUUGAUUUUAAUGUUGGCCCUGUCAAAGACCUUGUUUAUAAUGAGCUUUUUGAUUACAUUUUUCUUAAGCCAGUUGGCCAACUUUUCAACAUCAAUCCCGCUACUGCUCCUAGAGAGUUUAUGCCGUUCACCACCAAGAUGGAGCAUUUCCUAAAUGCUGCUUCAAAACCAAUCAAGCAAUUGGAUUUUGAAGCGUACAAGCUGCAAAAUUCUGGCAUUGUUGGCCAUCAAUUUCCUGCCCGUUUGACACCGACGAAAUUCGCUAUGUUUCCAAAGCCAAGUAUGAAAUGGCGGUUUAUAAAACUGGAUUCUCAAAGCCUUCAUCACUUCUUUCCAUAUGAUCGUUUGACGAAACUGGACUACGAAACAGAAAUUGACUACAUUUCAAGGUGUUUCUUUCGAUACUUUAACUCCACAAUAUUCAAAAUAGAUAGAAAGAUUACCAGUAGCAUUAUUGGAAAUGUACAAUUGAGCAUAUCCGACUUCGCCGAAGAGGAAAUCAAUAGUCACUUCCGUCCCUGUGCUGUAGACCCCGGGCGCAAAGAUGCGUUUGUUCCGUACCAUGGAGGCACAGAUGUCAGGAAGUGUUCAACUAGAGAGUAUUACCAAUCCAGAGGAUAUAAGGGCAGGAUGAAGAUGGAAGAAGAAUUGAAACAGCAAGAGGGUAUCAAAACUAUAGAGUCACUCAUCCCAUCUGUUAAAACAAUAUCUGCUAGCCGCUAUCGUGAUCAUAUACAGUAUAUGUGCGCACAUAUGAAUAUUUUGCAUCAGUUCUAUGGGUACAGAACCGCAGAGCUGAACUGGAAGAAUUUUCGUGGAAGACAAGUAUCCUUAGAGUAUGCUACAACCACCCUUUUGAAUGGGAGAAAGAAGUAUAACCCGCAGAAGAGAUCACGGCAUAUGAGUAAAAAAACCCACAGGAAACGUAAAAAGCAAAACAAUCGACGGAAUCCCGGCAUAGCUCAUCAAUCAGUCAAUAUAAUCCGGUAUUUCAAACAAAUAUACAAGUAUCUGAAAAUUAAAGAAAAACAAGGGCUAGUGUUAGUAAUAGAUAUUGAUGAAUUUCGUACGUCAAAGAUCUGUAAUUCGUGUAAAAACGUCGGAUGUAUGAAAGUAUCGUUCUCGUACACCGAGUAG